UCCAUUUCCACAACUAUCACGAUUUUAACGGUUAUGUAAAUUCAAAAUGGCCGACAACAACUUACCGAGUCGACACGAGAAAAGUUUAGGCUUAUUAACAACAAAAUUCGUGUCACUACUGCAGGAAGCUAAAGACGGAGUUUUAGAUCUUAAAGUGGCAGCAGAUACGCUAGCCGUGAGGCAGAAGAGGAGGAUAUACGACAUCACUAACGUGCUAGAAGGCAUCGGACUGAUCGAGAAGAAAUCAAAAAAUAGCAUUCAAUGGAAAGGUGCUGGACCAGGAUGCAACACCAGAGAGAUAUCGGAUCGGCUGAUAGCACUGAAGGAUGAGUUGGACCUGCUCGACCAGAAAGAGAAAGAGAUCGACCUGCAUCGUUCUUGGGUACAGCAGAGCAUACGAAACAUUACCGAAGAACCGAUAAAUCACCAGCUGGCGUACGUCAGUCACGAAGACAUCUGUAAGUGUUUUCUCGGAGACACUCUGCUCGCCAUUCAGGCUCCUCCUGGCACCCAGCUGGAAGUUCCCAUGCCGGAGAAGAUUACGGGUUCUGCAAAACGGUUUCUCAUCCAUCUGAAGUCUUGUUCGGGACCCAUAAAUGUGUUAUUGGUAAAUAAGGAAAAUGAACUAGCUUCUCCCGUUGUUGUACAGGUUCCUCCUAAAGAAAUAAUUGAAAAACAACAAAAUAAUGAUUUGAUAGAAGAUGCCCAAGACAAAUCUGCGGAAUCUGGAGACGAUCCAAAAUCCAAGAAUUCCACAUCCGUUCGCACGUACAGCAGGCAGACGCGUCAAGGGUCUUCUAACAAAUCUGCUCAGAAGAUCAUUGAGACAAAAGAAUCCAGUCCUCCCAGAAGAAUGUCGACACGUCAGUCUCCCAGGAAGAACAGUCAGCCUUCCACCAUUCAGUCCAAAAGUGUCCCAAAGUUAGAAUCUACCGAGACUAUUCAGACACCUACGACACCUGGGACGGUGGUGCAACCAGAAAUUCUUAAAGAUUUGAACGACGAAAUGCUCUUUGAGUCGAUGAAAGAUUUUGACGAAAACUUCAUUGACGAACUGAUGUCGACAGAAAUGUUUUCUCCUCUGCUGAGGCUGAGCCCCCCUCCGACAGAUCGAGACUACUGUUUCAAUCUGGACGACAGCGAGGGAGUCUGCGACCUGUUCGACGUGCCCAUGAUACAGUUAUGAAAUCCGCAACAGCGACCAUCUGUUAAUACGUGAGAGAUUUUAUGGCGAAUCCUUUCAAACGGGACAGAGAUUGUUCCUUUGGAAAUUAGAAUCUACCUCCGAACGAGACACUAGUUUGCAGCUGUUAACUGAAAAAAACAAAUUCUGCAGAAAAAUGAAAAUUAAUUCUUUUUUUUUUUUUAUUAGUUUUGAGUUCUCUUUUGUAUGGUUGUUACAUUUUUAUUUUGUAAAUUUAAAUUAUAAUCGACGAACUUUGUUCCCGUGAUACUGUACAUUUUGUAUUAUACAAUUCAUCCGUUGAAUCAACUUGUAAUCUGCAUCAUUGUACAUUUCUCGUUAA